UCCUUCUCUCUUAGCAAUUGCACUAGGCAAUCAUGAACUGAUUGUGUAAAAUUUCUUUUAAAUAAGAUAAAUAAAAGAGUUAUGGCUCAAAGAAGAGUUUUUUCUUUGGCAAGGAAAAUUUGUUUACCGGGUACACUGACAAAUGUUAUAAAUGCCGCGCCGCGUAGUAACGCACGAUAUCUCGUAUCAUGCAUGUCGUCGAGGAUAAUUUUGCCGGGGUCCGGUACGGCCGGAAUGUCUACACGAAAUUUCACAAGCAAAAGUACAGAUGAUACAAAAGAGGCAACAAAAGGCACAUCGGCUGCUUCGGCCGCAGUGGAGGCCGCGCCUCAGAUCCUUUCAAAAUUAUUCCCGCAAACUGCAGAACCUACAACCGAGGAAGCAGAACGGGAACGUAAAAAACAGGAGGAGGAAAGUCGCAAGGAGAAGGAGAAAUCGUGGAAACGGAUGAAGCUGAGUUUCGCAAUUUUUGGAGCCUCAGCUGGUAUGCUCGCUUUCUGGGCGGUAUAUAAUUUCGGUUCGCCGGAAUGCGAUCCUGAAGGAAACAUUAUUGAAGAUGAGUUCAGUAAAUUACCAAUUGUACAGCAAUAUUUGCAGAGGAUGUGGAAAUCAAUGACUUACUAUCAAAAGAUGAUCCAGGAGCCUUCCCGUGCAAAACUUCUUCCAGAUCCAUUGAAACCACCCUACAUUCAACCACCUUACACAUUAGUCCUAGAAAUGAAGGAUGUUCUCGUUCAUCCCGACUGGACAUAUCAGACUGGAUGGCGUUUCAAAAAACGACCGGGCGUUGAUACUUUCCUCGAGCAAGCCGCCAAACAUUUUGAAAUUGUUGUGUUCACAGCCGAUCAAGGAAUGACGGUAUUCCCCAUACUUGAUGCUCUCGAUCCAAAUGGCUACAUAAUGUAUAGAUUAGUUCGGGACGCUACACAUUUCGUUGAUGGACAUCAUGUGAAAAAUCUAGACAAUUUGAAUAGAGAUUUGAAAAGGGUUAUUGUUAUUGAUUGGGAUCCCAACUCAACAAAACUACAUCCUGAUAACACAUUUAAUAUUGCUCGAUGGACUGGAAACGACGAUGACACUACACUGCUUGAUUUGGUCGCGUUUUUGAAAACUGUUGCAACUGCUGAAAUCGAUGAUGUUCGCGAAGUUCUCCAAUACUACAAAAGCUUUGAUAAUCCACUGGCACAAUUUCGCGAAAAUCAACGAAAACUUCUGGAACAAAUGGAACUGCAAGAGCGCGAAGAAAAGCAAAAAGAGACUCCCGUUGUAAAACGAUGGACGCCCAGUUUCCUAGGACGUUCUCGAUGAUAAUUAUAGCUUAAAUGUAGUUUAUGAACUAAGUACUGUGCAUGCGUUGCAAUGUCUGUUGUGUACGUGAAACAAAUGUGCGAGACAAAUGACGACAAACACGAUUUCGAGAACUUACGAUAACAAAAGUAGUAACUUUUUUUUCCUCUGUCUAUCUCGCGGUCUACACUUUAUAUCAACCAUGUUUUGUUAUAUUUUGUUAAGAUUUUCUCCCUAGGACCAAAUCGUUUGUUGCUAAAUUUAGUUGUACGUAAAAGAUUCACUUUUCACACUCCAAGUCAAAAUGUCUGAACAGAUUUAUUUGAAAUUGCCGGAAAACCUAAUGGGGACAUGCUUUUUACACAAAUAACAAAUUUGUAUUUAAAUUUUGUAAUAUAUUCUCCUUAGUUUAGCAUGAAAAUAAAUUAUUUCAGGAAAA